GAGAGAGAGAGAGAGAGAGAGAGAGAGGGAGAGAAGAAGAGAAGAAGAAGAAGAAGAAGGAAGAAUGGAUAAACCAGAGGAGAUCAGCAGUUCAAAGAUGUAUGAAGGGUACAACAAGAGAUACAAGCAUUUCAGUCCAACCUUGGGCUGUUUCAUGAAUUUCCACAUUUACUUCCCUCCUACCGCCGCUACCCAAAAAGUCCCUGUGCUUUAUUGGCUCUCUGGCCUUUCAUGCACAGAUGAAAAUUUUAUUGCUAAAUCUGGAGCCCAACGUCAAGCUUCAAUUAAGGGUAUUGCACUAAUCGUACCUGAUACAUCACCAAGGGGCCUGUAUGUGGAAGGAGAGGCAGACAGCUGGGAUUUUGGUUUAGGUGCUGGAUUUUAUCUCAAUGCAACACAAGAGAAGUGGAAGAACUGGCGUAUGUAUGACUAUGUUGUCAAGGAACUGCCAAAGCUUCUCAGUGAAAAUUUUCAACAACUCGAUACAUCACGGGCAUCCAUAUUUGGGCAUUCAAUGGGUGGGCACGGAGCCUUGAUAAUUUACCUGAAAAACCUUCACUUGUAUAAGUCAGUCUCUGCCUUCGCACCAAUUUGCAAUCCUAUAAACUGCCCCUGGGGUCAGAAGGCCUUCUCAAACUACUUGGGUAAAAAUGUAUUUGACUGGGAGGAAUAUGAUGCCACUUACCUGCUUUCAAGAUACAGGUACAAGGUUGAGGCUCCUAUCAUAAUUGAUCAGGGUGAGAAUGACAAGUUCUUGAAAGAUCAGUUGAUGCCACACAAGUUCGAAGAGGCAUGCAAACGCGCUAAAAUUCCAUUGCUAUUGCGAAUGCACCCUGGGUAUGACCACUCAUACUUCUUCAUUGCAACCAUCAUCGAUGAUCACAUUCUCCACCAUGCCCAGUAUCUUGGCCUGUAAUGUUGGAUUGAUAGAAUUUUUGGGAUUUAGGAUGGGACUAUGUGAGUUUCUUCUGUCAGAUUGAAUUACCUUUUUCUGGUGUACUUGAACUCAACUUUUGUAACUUCAAGCCAUUGGCUUGAAUAAUUUCUGGAGGAUUUCCAAUACGUAUGUUCAAAUACAUUCCUAGUUGUGCUUGUGUGCGGAAUGUUACCUUCAGACAUGUGGCCAAGGAAAUAUGUGCAAGAGCUAGAAAUUUUACAUAUAAAGGUUGAAAUAUUUGAAAUCUUAAUGUGAUUAAUAUGCUGCAUUAGUAGGACGCUGAUAAGAAAAAUUUGUUCAAUCUGCAACUUUUUCUGAUGUUAAUGGGCAGCUUGAACUGAAGAUCGUGAGACCUAAA